AUGGCAACCGAACAAGAAUUCCAGCAAAAGCUCAAGGCUUGCUGUAGCAUGGCUGAGACUUACCUCGAGGACAUCAAGAUCGAUCGACCUGUUACCGACGAUGCCUUUGAUACCGCCGAUCUCCAAGACAAAAUGAGCAAGCUUGCCAAAGUAUUAUCACAUGAUGCGACCAAGUUUACGAUUGCAUGCAAACCACCACGCAAGCCAGCUGAAGGCGUUCGUAUGGUGGAUGAGAUGAGCAACACAUUCUUCAGAUUGGUGGGCUUUUACAAUACCAUUCCUGCAUCCGCUGGUCAACAAUAUCGUGAUACCUAUCGCAAGGCUAUACGUGAUCUUUUGAUGGGAGCAUUAUCCUUAUGGCACGCAUUUCGUGAUGAUGGCAACAAAUUCAUGGUACCAACGGCAGCAUUGUGGGAGACUUGCAAAAUGAUGGAAACGGGGUUGCCCGCCAAUAAUCAAGCAGCUGUCCUUGCACAAUGGAAAGACAUGCAGGCCACGAUGGAGGAUGCCAAACAAGAAGUGCAUGAGCUUGCAGAAGGUGGUGAUGAUGAUGAAGAUGGAGACAUUGAACCAGAAAUGAAGCCUGUUGCUGCUCAAUGUGCCAAGCUGGUGGAUCUUGCCGUGUUUGUCAGCACAAAGAUUGAACGACGAUGUCUACGUGAGACAAAGGAUGUCAACAUUUGUGAUCAGUUGUAUAUCAAGUCCAGUGCUCUUGCCGAUGAAACGGAUGUGGUGGUAUCACAGCUCUAUGAUGUGGAUGAUCCAGAGAUUAUGCGCACAAAGCAUAUUGCUGCAUACGUUGAUUGUUUAUGUGAUCUCAUGGCUUUUGCGCAAAAGCAUACUACUGAGGAGCACUCAAAAUGGUUUGAGAUGGGCAUCAAGAAGGUACGAGAGAUUGCAGAAAAGAAACAAUAG